ACGCUUUAAUAAAAAAUAAUGAAAAAUUUAAACCACCAAAACGAUUAUUUAGAGUAAUUUCUAAAAUAAGUGAAACUAAGACUUCUACCAAGCAGAUUUACUUGAGAGUACUUGGUUUCGUUGGGCGAGUUUUCAGAAAAUGGUCAACGAGUGGAAUUCGAACAGCAAUAAUCAUUUGACGAGCGAUGAGAACUAAUCAUAUAAUUUUGCCUGCCAACUGAAACGCAUACACUUGAUGUAGUUGUAUGAAUAAUUAAAUCAAUCACUUAAAUAAAUCAACACUACGCGAAAAUUUUCUACAACUAUCUUCAAAACUGAGUCAUGUCUUUUGGGGGUCCCCGCAAACCCAGCCGCAACCGCCCCCAUAUCCGAGCAUGUCUUCUGACCCUAUCUGUAAUCCUGACUCUUGGCUUCGUUGUUCUAUGUAUUAUUUCAGCUGUCUAUUCGAUCAUGCAACUCAAUCAGAAUAUCAACACACUCAUGAACCGUGUGAAGAUGAAGAAAGUUAAGCAGUACGAGCCACCAGCAGUGUUGUUUCUCGCCAAUGGCAUCUCAACCUAUUCUUGCAUCGCAAGCAGCUUCAGAUUAGAACCAGAACCGCAAGACUCAGACUUCCCAGAACUGGACCCGAACGACAACCGUGGUCGGAUUCAAGACGUCUGCAACGAGUCUUCCACUAUCUUCCAGAUUCCUUUAUCCGAAUUGUCGAACUAUCAGGAAGUGCUAGAUUUGUUACCAGACUGGUUAUCAAAAAAUAUAGCGACUACUGUUACCGGCGCAGGUUCUUGUAUCCAAGAGGAUGAAGAGAAACGAAGACAGCGUGAAAAACGAGACUCAUUCGAUGACCUUGAUUUUUGCGAAGGCAAGUGUCAAGGAAUUUGGGAGUGUUCAAAUGAACCCUCCUCCUGUGACAAUGGACAUCUCUUUGAACAGUGCUUCAUCCCCAUGAAUCCAUUGCGUGAACAGGAACCCUGUUUGACUACAAUAGAAUGUUUGGGAGGACCUGUCGUUCUUCAGCAAUCGUGUGGGCAUUUUUUGGCUUGCUUGGAUGAAGAAAACGCUCUUGAGAGUGAGUGUUCAGGUGUGAUGGAAUGCUUUCUAACUGGAAUUCAGAGUGAUUACUGUACUGAUUUGUACCAAUGCCUUGAAGACCAAGUGGAAACUAAAUGUCUUGAGCCCACUACUUACACAACAUCCUUACCUGAUGGCCAAGAAUCUGAACAGGACUGUGAAGUUUUCAACUCAAUGAUUGAAGGCGAUGCGAGUGUGGCAGGACAGAAGAAUGAACCCCUCUCCCUGAUUAUAAUAAAGGGACCUUCCGAUUUUGCUGAGAAAAACUACGUAUUUGCUUCUUUGAGACUACAAGAAGGCGAAUCAGGGUCAUGGAUUGCUGAACAUCCUAGUUUCUCAAAACUCACUGAAAGCCUGGAAACCUCUGACAAAUUUGAUUUUCUUCUCGAGGUGAUCCAGACUCUCCACUGGAAAUUCUACGCAAGAGGGUUCCGAGUAAAAACCCUAAUGACAGAGUCAGUCAUGAAAGUGGAAGGCGUGAUUCGGGGCGUAGACAUUCGAACUGAGACUUACAUUUCGCGAGUUAACAUCAGCGAAAGUCUGAAAGCCGAUUUUCGACCGGUAGAAGUCGUCUACAGUUGGAAAGACGGAUAUCUUCGGGAAUCGGACCGGUUCUACUCGGCAACUAUUUGGGAUAUUUUCGCUAUUGUGGCCGGAAUUAUAUUGAUGCUAGAGCGAGCUUGGAUUACUUGGGGCAAGGUAGUCCAGAAGUAUCUCGAUGGAAAGUCUAAAAUUUCUAUGAUGAAAUUCCAGGAAAACUCACUUGAAUGGAAAAUGCUGGCUAAAGUUAGACAAUCUGGGGGUAAUUUGUUCACCUCUAUGGUUGCUUUGAACCGUCUGAAUAAACUAUUUAACCGGCUAAAUCGUAUGAAACAAAAACGAGAACAGAUUGAAAAACGAACAAACGAAAAAAUCGAGAAGAAGGUUCAUCGCAUUAAGAGAAAAAUGGCAAUCAAAAGUGGCGUUGUAGACGACAGUGUUCUGAGUCUAGACGAAAAACGUUUUUACGAGUGGGAAUCGUACCGUGCGAUUCUUCGUCAAAUGAUGCAGGAGCAACAGGCAACUCAAAGUGUUCUUGAUAAAAUGGAAGCAGAAAGACUUGCCAGGAUACUCAGGGACCAAUUGCAAACUAGUCAAACUAGUCUCUCCAGUUCAGAAUCGGCAGCACGCUCCAAAUCACUGAAGUCCAAAAGCCCGGAUUCAGAUAUUUCUGCUGAAAACGAGGAGCAAGUGGGCGAGGCAAAGUCCGUUUCACACCUUGAGCAGAUGCGUGAAAUGAAACAGAAGAAGCAAAAAGUAUUCACGGCCUCCAAUCCAAACUUCAGUCUCGAAGAGGUGGAUGAUUUCUAUCGUGAGAUUAGCGCCAGCGAAUUGGAGACCGGGAAACACAUAUGGCAAACAAAAUACAUGGACUACCGAGGAAAAAGGGCUCCAAGCAAGAGUGGAAAAGACUCGAAACCGCCUAAGCUAUGGAAAACAGAUGCUUUCCAAGAUUAACAACUAGGUCAUAUAAAUAUUCGAACGAAGCUUUAAAUUUGACAAUAUGAUUUGAAAAUUUGAAAUAUCAGGUCUACUUUGACUUUUUUCCGA